GCCUUCCCCGUGCGUCCUUGCCAUGAUCAUGAAGGAGGCGAGCGACUGCAAAGACCAGCAGCUCACGGUGGCCCUUCGCAUACGGCCAGUCAGCAUGGCAGAGCUGGAAGAAGGAGCCACACUCAUUGCCCACAAAGUGGAUGAUCAGAUGGUCGUCCUGAUGGACCCAAUGGAGGACCCUGACGAUGUGCUACGUGCCAACCGCUCACGGGAGAAAUCCUACAUGUUUGAUGUCGCCUUUGAUUUUGCUGCUGCGCAGGAGAUGGUCUACCGUGCCACCACCAAAGGUCUCAUAGGAGGUGUCAUCUCUGGAUACAAUGCUACUGUUUUUGCCUAUGGCCCCACUGGGUGUGGAAAGACCUACACCAUGCUUGGCACCGACAAUGAACCUGGGAUCUAUGUUCGGACUCUCAAUGAUCUUUUCCGGGCUAUUGAGGAGACCAGUAAUGACAUGGAGUAUGAAGUGUCCAUGUCCUACCUGGAGAUCUACAAUGAGAUGAUCCGAGAUCUGCUCAACCCUUCCCUUGGCUACCUGGACCUGCGUGAAGACUCCAAGGGCAUAAUCCAAGUGGCCGGUAUUACUGAAGUGUCCACCAUCAAUGCUAAGGAGAUCAUGCAGCUGUUGAUGAAGGGCAAUAAGCAGCGGACGCAAGAGCCCACAGCAGCCAACCGGGCUUCCUCACGGUCCCAUGCUGUGCUGCAGGUCACCGUGCGCCAGAAGAGUCGCAUUAAGAACAUCAUGCAGGAGGUGCGCGUGGGCCGACUCUUCAUGAUCGACUUAGCCGGCUCUGAGAGGGCCUCUCAGACACAGAACCGUGGGCAGCGAAUGAAGGAAGGAGCUCACAUCAACCGCUCCCUCCUGGCUCUUGGCAACUGUAUCAAUGCCCUCAGCGACAGGGCAGGCGUCAAGUAUGUCAACUAUCGGGACAGCAAGCUGACCCGCCUCCUCAAGGACUCCCUAGGUGGGAACAGUCGGACCGUGAUGAUUGCUCACAUCAGUCCUGCCAGCAGUGCCUUUGAGGAGUCGCGGAGCACCCUGACCUACGCUGAGCGUGCCAAGAGUAUCCGCACCACGGUAAAGCGUAAUCUUCUUAAUGUCUCCUAUCACAUCGCCCAGUACACAAGCAUCAUUGCUGACCUGCGCAAUGAGAUUCAGCGGCUGCAACGGAAGAUUGAACAACAGGAGCCGCGCCCAAUGCGGCCUGACAUCCGUAGCAUUCAAGCUGAAGUUCAACUCCAUGGCAACCCCUUUGAGAGGCAGGAGAUGGACCAACUGAGAGAACAGCUGAUUAGCUCCUUCCGGGAACAGAUGGACGUGCGGCGCCACCUCAUGGAGCUGGAAAACAAUUACAUGGAGAUCCAAAUCGAGAGCUCCCGCCAUCUGCUCACCGUUGCCGACUGGGAGCAGGAGAAGACACGUCGGGCCCAGAAAUGGCAAGAAGAACAAAGGAAAGAGAGCUACAGCAAAGAUGAAUGCGAGAAGGAUUCCGACACUGGCGAUGACCUAUCGGAUGUUCCGGAGCCACAAGAAGUGACACUGGCUAGGGAACACAUUGCCACUCUUCUGGGAGAGCAGGAUAAACUUCACAAGCAGAAGGCUGAGCUGGAGAGGAAGUUCUGGGAGGUGCGGCAGCGUGGUCACCGGCUAGAAGAGGCCUUACCAUGGCGCAUCAGCUCUGAAGAGCAGCGGGAGGUUCUGAGCCUGCUGUGCAAGGUACAUGAGCUAGAGGUGGAGAACACAGCCAUGCAGUCCGGGGCCCUGCUCAAGGACAACCUCAUCCGGAACCAAGAGCGAACUGUGCGCCGCUUCGAGCGCCGCCACCACCUUUGCCACCGCAUCAUUCAUGAACAGAGACAGAUAAUUCAUGAGUCUCAGCUGUUGGUGCCGUCCCACCUGGAAGAACUGUAUCAAGCCUACCUGCACGAGCUGGAGGAGGGCAGCUUGGACCGUGUGGCAGCCAUUGACCGUGCAGCUGCUAGAGCCUUAAAGGACACGUCUGUGCCAAAGCUCCCCCCUCUCGCAGUGGAAAGCGUCCUGGACUCAGACCAAGAGAGCGUCAAGACACUGGGCUCUGAGCAUCAGCAGCUCCCACGGCGGGAUUCCCGGAGGGGCAUUCUCCCGCCCCUUGUUCCAGAGACAGAUAGCAGCGAAGCCAGUCAGGUGUUCAAGACCAGUCCUCGGGCCAGGCAGAUCAAGAAUUCAGCCGUGGUGACCCCACCUCCUAUCCGUGUCAAUGGCAUGAUCAGCCAAGAGUACUUACCCCGAGAAAGUCUGGUUAGCCUGGGGAGCCAACGAAAUUCCUCCCCUGACAGCAGCGACCACUGCUCUGAUGGCAUCCUGACACGUGGAGAGCGCAAGGAGAUUGUGAGUGGCACCAAGAGCAUUGCUGUGAAGGCCGCCCGACGCCGCUCCCGAGUGCUGGAAUCCGACCGCCUGACCCUGCUGGAGCCCACCAAGGAGUGCAGCAGCCUCUCCCUGCACUCCCUAAGCGAGAGCGAGGACCCCUCGUGCCGGGAGACGCCUUCCCUCUGCCAGCCCCCCAGCCUACAGCAUGCUGUCAGCGAAGACAACCUGUCCAGCAGCACUGGGGAAACAGCCCCAGGAAGAAACGCCUCCCGGCAUUCGCCUGGACCCUGGCUCCGGACAAACAAAAAGGGGAGCAAGAAGCAGGAGAAGAGGGAGGAGUCACUGGAAGCCAAGAGGAGGAAGCGAAGGUCACGGUCUUUUGAGGUCACUGGUCAUAGGCUCCAGUGUCCGAAGAACAACGUUGUCCAUCGUCACCCACUAGAAAGCAGCUCUGAACACAAGAUAACGGCCACAGGAGGGCCGCCCACCACCCGAGGAGUUGGAAAAACAGCAGUACAGUUGUCUAGAGUGAGACUUCUGCAGGCCCAGCCGUCAUCAGGCUCCACUGAGACCUCGCCCCUCUCGGUCUCCUCCAACCAAACUGGUAUAUCCAAAAAAGUGUCCCAUCCCAGCCAGCGUCCACGCUUGAACUAUAUUGCAGUGAAUGACUGCAACACUCACAGCAAGGAUGGCAGAAACAGGCGAUGCUAA